AUGACGAACGCAUUUAUUGUCGGCUCCAAGCGCACUGCCUUUGGCGCCUUUGGUGGCAAACUGAGCCAGCUUAAUGCUGCUCAGCUUGGUGGCUAUGCUGCCAAGGCUGCCCUCGCGCAAAUUAAGCCGAACACUCCGGUCGACUCGACCGUCUUCGGUUUGGUGACGCACUCGGACUCGACGGCACCCUACCUUUCUCGCCACGUCGGCCACUACGCUGGUGUCCCGAUCACCACCCCAGCCCUUACCGUCAACCGUCUGUGUGGCAGUGGCUUCCAGGCCGUGAUCAACGCCUGCCAGGAGAUUAACAGUGGCGACUCCCAAGUCGUCCUCACUGGUGGUACCGAAAACAUGAGCAUGUCUCCCUACACCCUGAGCGGCGUUCGUUUCGGCAACACUCGCUACGGUGUGGACCUCAAGCUCGUUGACAGCCUUGCUGUCUCGCUCGUCGACCAGGUUCCGGUCCCCACCCCCAUGGGUAUCACCGCCGAGAACCUCGCUGAGAAGUACGGCAUUACCCGUGAGCAGUGCGAUGAGUACGCUCUCCAGUCCCAGACCCGCUGGGCUGAGGCCCAGAAGGCUGGUGCCUUCAAGGACGAGAUUGUCCCGGUCGAGGUCAAGGUCAAGAAGGACACUGUCGUGUUCGACACGGACGAGCACGCCCGCCCCCAGACCACCAUGCAAUCGCUCGCUAAGCUUCCCCCGGUCUUCAAGAAGGACGGUACUGUGACUGCGGGUAACGCCUCCGGUAUCUGCGAUGGUGCUGCUGCCAACGUCGUUGCCAGCGAAGACGCUCUGUGGAAGCAUGACCUUAAGCCUCUUGCCCGCAUCGCCGGCUACGGUGUGACGGCCUGCGAACCCUCGAUCAUGGGUAUUGGCCCCGUCGCCGCCUCGAAGCUUGCUCUCGAGCGUGCUGGCCUGAAGAUGUCCGACAUGGACCUGAUUGAGGUCAACGAGGCCUUCGCUGCCCAGUUCCUCGCUGUCCAGAAGGAGCUCGAGCUCCCCAACGACAAGACCAACGUCAACGGUGGUGCUAUUGCCCUGGGUCACCCCCUGGGUGCCAGCGGUGCCCGCAUCCUGUCCAACCUGACGUACAACCUGCACCGCCUUGACAAGAAGUACGCCCUUGGUGCCGCCUGCAUUGGUGGUGGUCAGGGUAUUGCUGUUGUCCUUGAGCGCGUGUAA